AUGUUCUCGUAUAUAGUGGCCUUCCUGGGACUCCUGGUAGUCUUCUACAACCCUAUUGCGGAAUUCCUGACACCGGGCGUUCCACAAAUCCGGCGGAUACCACGGCCGCGGCUCAACGAAGACCUUUUGGCACUGGAGACGGCCGGCGCCAUCAACGGCACAGGACAGCAAUGCCCCCCCAAUGCCUACUCGAUCCAUAUCUAUUCGAGGGCGCCUCUCGUCAUUUACGUUGAGAAUUUCCUGUCCGCCGACGAGCGGAGCCAUUUGCUAGAAAUCAGCGAGCCCAUCUUUGAGCCCUCCACCGUCACGCACGAUGACGGGGCUACGACGGAACGUGCGCCGACUGUCCGGGACUCGGAGGUCGCGCUGAUCCCGCGCACCGAUGCCGUGAGAUGCAUCGAGGCCCGCUCGCGGGCUCUCCAGGGCUGGCCGGACGAGGUGUGGACCGAGAGGCUGCGUGUGCAGCGGUACCGGCCCGGUGGCCACUACAACCACCACUUCGACUGGAAUCCAUCUCGCGGCGGCUGGGGCAGGGUCAGCAGCUUCAUGGCCUGGGUCGGCGACGGCGGCGGCAGUUUGGAGGGCGGCGGGACCGAGUUUCCUCGCUUGAGACCCCCCGUGGACCCUCGAUGGUGUGCUUUUGUCGAGUGUCCCGGCCCUGACCCGGCUGACGACGAAUCAGCGGGAACGCAGCAGCAGCAGACUCUCGGAGCGAAGCUGGGGGUUGUCUUCAAGCCCGUGGCCGGCAAUGCUGUCUAUUGGGAGAACUUCCGGCCUGAUGGGACAGGACGGGGCUACGACGAGUCGUGGCAUGCUGGACUGCCGGUUGUGAAGGGGGUCAAGGUAGGGUUGAACAUUUGGAGCUGGGGAAAGAUUGAGUGA